AUGCCCCACGAGAAGUCCUCGCAGGUGCCACCUGAUGCGGAGAACCAGCGUAGAAGAUCCGCGGCUGACUCCUCAGAUCCUGAGCAGCAUCACCAGUUUCCCCGACAACGCUCCCAAGCAGAUUGGCUCUGUGUUGGUCCCCAGCAUCCAGAGCUAGGCACAGCGGGGACGCCCUCUCCAGAUGCUUCUGCCCACAACUUCUGCCACUACACGCCGAAAUGUUUCCUCACUGUCCACAGAGGAGGACACGGCAACUCAGCAAGGUCUUCGUCGUCGCGAGGUGUCCGGUCUACGCCAUCACGGUAUGGAGAGGAGGGGUGGCAGGAAGGCACCACGAAGACCACAAUCAGAGCUGAGAAUGAGGUGGAGGCACACAGGGAAGCCAACAACUACAAGUUUGGCUUCAGGAAGUGGAAGGGCAACGUAACGGAGAGGCCCAUUGAAGACCGAUCAGACGUCAUCAAAGAGCUCUACUCUGAUCUUAGCAUUGUUAAGCCUCGAGAAGGCUCAGUGAUCACCUUUGGAAACAUAAUUUAUGUGUUUUUAUUUGGAUGGUGGAUAUCUUUAAUCUACUUACUCAUUUGUCCUGUAAUGUUUCUAACAAUCCUCCUUGCCCCUUAUGGCAAGCUCUGUUUAAAGAUGGCAUGGUACUUCAUUUGGCCGUUUGGGAAGUCGUUAGAAAAGGCUGGUGAUGUAGUUAAGAGAUCCAUUCUGAAGCCUCCAGCCAUUGAGGUCAUUCCUGAAGAGAGGGACAGUGAAGACAGUAAGGACCUUGUCAGGGACAAGGACUCUGCACCCCUUCUGGUGUCUUCCCCAAUCCCAGUUGAGAUCCCUGUCCCAAUACCGCCCGCUAAAAAAACUUCAAAUCACUGGUGUCGCGUCAGUACUUAUGUUUGGUUGUUACUGUGUUACCCUCUCCUGGCUGUGGUCCACUCCCUGGCCUGUGUGCUCUCCUGGCUGCUGGUCUUUACUAUACCUGUAGCCAAGAUGAAUGCUCGCACACUGACCACCACCCUCCUCAUGGCACCAGAGGACGUUCAGAUUCACAGACUGGAGAAGGCACCUGUGUGCCAGACCAGAGUCCUCUUAUGCUGUUAUCAAGCUUUCAAUGUCUAUUACUACAAAUACACUGUCCAAGGAAUCAACAUUUUCGCCCUCAACCUGCUUCCCCUGGUAUUAAUCACUCUAAUUAUUGGCUACACUGACCGUGAAGACAAUUACUUCAGCGCCGAGACCAAGUUUGCCACAGCCAUCACUUCAAUUAUUCCUCUUUCCUAUUAUAUUGGCAUGGGUAUAGCCAGCAUUUCUGCACAGAGUAACUUUGCAGUGGGUGCGGUGGUGAAUGCCACCUUUGGCUCCAUCACGGAGAUGACGUUCUACAUCACAGCACUGCUGCAGGGACACCGUGCUGCCACCAAAUGUUACGAAGAGAUCGUGAAAGCAGCCCUCACCGGGACCUUGCUUGGGUGUAUACUGUUCAUACCUGGCAUCUGUAUGAUCAUUGGGGGCAUAAAACACAGGGAACAGCGAUUUAACAGUCGUUCAGCUGGAGUGAGUUCAGCUUUGCUCUUCAUAUCCAUAGGAGGUGUGUUUGCUCCCACGCUCUUCUCAAAAACCUUCGGUAAUCUGGUGUGUGAAAGCUGCACCAAUAUUCCAGGCAAUGCCAGUGUACCCUUCAUCUGCAAGGACUGUCACUACGACACGAGUCUAACUGACCCACAUUUGAUCCUGUCCCAAAUUGAGCCCUUGGUGUACACAAUUUCUGUGCUGCUGCCUGCUGCGUACCUGAUCGGCCUCAUCUUCACACUGAAGACCCACUCCCACAUCUAUGAUAUCCAUAUCAGCGAUGGCCACACAGGCCACGCACACGGUCAGUACGCACAGGAGGGCACCAGCACCUCCCGCCCCACUGGUGAGGUCACCACUGGCCAUCUACUUGCAGCCAACUCGUGUAUUAAUGCCAGCAUUAUUGCCACCAGCCAGGUGGUUGCAACAGCAGGCCAUCAUGUAGUCCACUGGUCCCGCUGGAGGGCUCUUGCAGUGCUGAUUGUUGCCACAGUGUUGAUGGCCUGCUGCGCUGACCUCAGCACAGAGAACAUCGAGCCCAUGCUGACCCAUUCCUCCAUCUCCCAGUACUUCAUAGGCGUCACAGUGCUGGCUAUGGUGCCAGAGCUCCCUGAGAUCGUCAAUGGGAUCCAGUUUGCACUUCAGAACAACAUCAGUCUGAGCCUUGAAGUGGGCAGUUGCAUUGCUGUGCAGGUCUGCAUGAUACAGAUUCCACUGCUCAUACUCUUCAAUGCCUUCUAUGAUGUUGGAUUUGUGCUUGUGUUCAGUGACAUUCAUCUCUGGGCCAGCAUCUUCAGUGUCAUUCUGGUCAACUACAUCUUCAUGGAUGGAAAAUGUGACUACUUUCAGGGCACCGCUCUUGUGGUGGUCUACCUCAUCCUUUUGGCCCUUUACUUCUUUGCUCCUUCUCCACGCUCAUGUUGA